CUAUAAUUGUACUUCUUAGAGAUAAGUAACCAUUGUUGACAUUAUAUAGUUUUCUAGUUUUAUUUUCUAUGUGUGUGCUUACAUAUUUAUAAGUGCCUAUGAUUAUAUGUUAAACCAUAUUUCACCGUGUGUAAAGAUGAACAUGUUUUACUGAUGUCUCAAUUUGGGGUGUCAUACAAUCAGGGGUAUGCCAUGAUGUAAUUGUCAGCAUUUUCAUUUUCAGUGGCACAUAAAAUGAGGAUGUGUCUUAUAGUAUCUUAGAUUUGAUGAAACACAGUAUAUAUUUGAAACAAAUGAGAUUGACAUUCAACUCUUUCCCCACCUAAAUAUCUUGAGCAUUUUCCCAUAUCACUAUGUUUAGACCUAUCUCAUUAUUAACAUAUACUUAGCAUAUUAUUAUGGGUGUAUCAUAAAUUGUUCAGCCAGUUUCUCUUGUGGACAUUUGGAGCUUCUCCAACUUUUUUGUGUGUGUUACAAACAGUGCUAUGUUGGAUAUACUUGCACAUAUGUUUAUGCACUCGACUGGAAUUUCUUUUGAUAAAAUACUUAGAUCAGUGAGUAUACAUAUUUUCUGUAGUGUACAAGAGUGCCUGUUUCCCUGUAUCCUCAGUAGUACUUCAUCUUAGGAAAUUUAAAAAAUUUGUGUUAAUCGGAUUAGUAAAAAAUAUCCUAAUGUUGUAUAUCAUUGAAUUAUGAAUGAGAUUGAGACUCUUUUAGUGUUAAUGAGGUGUUUUUAUUUCCUCUCCUGUGACGCACUGUGCAUAGAACAGUAGACCUUUAAUUGGUUGGCACAUUUGCUGCAAUUAGAAAAAGAAGUCAUCACAGUUUGGAGCCAUGCAUUAUCAUAUAAAUUCUUUGGAACAACUUUAAGGGCAGAGCCUACCCUUGUGGAGGGCACGAGAGCUUUAUAAGGACCCAAGAUUGGAGGAGAGACAAAUUCAGGAAUAAUCAGAAUCUUUGUAAUGGAGACCAAAAAGGGGUACAGUAUCAUCAAUUUAUGAACUGAAUACUGGAAUUUAGACUGUGUUCUUAAUCUUUAAACUUUAAAUGCUCCUCUUUAAUAUGACUUGGUUGUGGUAGUAUUAGGUUAGUAAAUUUGAAAUAGGGCACAACUAAAGGACUUGAAUGAAGUCAGUAUUGGAUCUAGAGAUUAAAUCUAUGGUCAUUUAAGAUUGGAUUAAUAUGAAAUACCAAAAUGUUCUUGUCAACAUUUUUGAGCACCUUUGCUGUGCCGGAGGGUGUCAUUUUCGGAGAUAAAGAUCAGAUAGCCUCUGUCUUUUAGGUUCCAUUGCAGCCUUUGAAGGAGACAGAUUUCAUCCUUUGGUAAGAAUGAAACCAAAAGGUACAUGGAAUGUAAAGAGCAUAGAGGAAUGUAUUUAGUCUAAUAGAGUUUAAGGGAGACUUCUGAAUUAGAUAUAACCUAAACUGAGUCUUGAAGGAUCAGUAAGAGUUAGCUGUGAGGAGUAAGUAUUAAAGGAUAUACGACAGCAUAAGAGAAGGUACAUGUGAUGAAAUGGACUGUAAAUAGUAGGAUAUUCUUAGAACAAGUUUGAGGUGAAGAGUGACUUCUGAUGAGUCUAAGAGGGUAAUCAAGAACAAGAUAAUGAACAGCCUUAUAUGCUAUGCUAAAAAUUCUGCAUUUUGUAGAUCAAAGGGAGUUCUUUUGAAUAAUGACAUGGUGAGAUUUGCAUUUGAGAAAUCACUGCCUGAAGAUUGAUUUAUGGGGCAAGACCAAAGGCAAGGAGACACAUCAGGAGACAGUCUGGUAAUCCAGAUGAGAGGAAUAAGGCCUUAGCUCAAUGGCUACUAGCAGAAGAUGGUGGAUCGCUUGGCAAACAGUGAAGCAAAUACUAGACGUAUAAAUAUAGUAGAAAACUGUUUUGGAGCAGCUGGUCAACCCUUAACUAUACCAGGAAGGGUUCUUAUUGGAGAAGGAGUAUUGACUAAGUUGUGCAGAAAAAAGCCCAAAGCAAGGCAAUUUUUCUUAUUUAAUGAUAUUCUUGUAUAUGGCAAUAUUGUCAUCCAGAAGAAAAAAUAUAACAAACAACAUAUUAUUCCCCUGGAAAAUGUCACUAUUGAUUCCAUCAAAGAUGAGGGAGACUUAAGGAAUGGAUGGCUUAUCAAGACACCAACUAAAUCAUUUGCAGUUUAUGCUGCCACUGCCACUGAGAAAUCAGAAUGGAUGAAUCACAUAAAUAAAUGUGUUACUGACUUACUCUCCAAAAGUGGGAAGACACCCAGUAAUGAACAUGCUGCUGUCUGGGUUCCUGACUCUGAGGCAACUGUAUGUAUGCGUUGUCAGAAAGCAAAAUUCACACCUGUUAAUCGUCGUCACCAUUGCCGCAAAUGUGGUUUUGUUGUCUGUGGGCCCUGCUCUGAAAAGAGAUUUCUUCUUCCAAGCCAGUCCUCUAAGCCUGUGCGGAUUUGUGACUUCUGCUAUGACCUGCUUUCCACCGGGGACAUGGCCACGUGCCAGCCUACUAGAUCAGACUCUUACAGUCAAUCAUUGAAGUCUCCUUUAAAUGAUGUAUCUGAUGAUGAUGACGAUGAUGAUAGCAGUGACUAAGGACAUAUUUUGAAAUAUUUAAUUGGGUGUGACUACCUGAGAAAUCAGCUCUGGGAGAACAUAAAAUUCUGAGCUUUCUCUCAGUUUUGCUCUAGCCGUGAAUUUGCCUGAGAAUCUUUUAACCUAUGUGCCUCGAUAUAUUCUAUAGAAAAUAGGUCCUGUCAUUUUGUCCCCCCACCCCCACCCAACUCCCCGCUCUUCUACAGGGAUAGACUUUUGCAAAUCUACCAGAUAAAUUUUUGGUUUCUUAUUCUUGUUUAAUUUUAGAUUAUUUUGUUGGAAGGUUGAGAAAAGAUUUUUUUUUAACAGAUCAUGUAUUACAUUGAUGUUUACUAUAUGUUCUGUCAUAUGGAAAUACUAAAAGCAAAAAAUGAUGGAAAAAGUUGUAUAACGCAGUUAGCUAAUAUUAUUAGCUUUUUUCCUAACCAUUCUAUGUAAUGGUUAAGACACCAGUAACAAAAAAACGUGAUUUGAAAAUACUUUGUUCGGCUUUUUCGUAUACCAAGUGGUGCCUUAUCAUAAUAGCACUGUUAAAUGAAAUAAGCCCCUACCUUCUCACUUUUAGUUUGUUUUGAAAAUACACUGGUGCUCUUUGAGGUGAUAAAAUGAGCGUUUAUGAAUGGGUAUAAUUAGAAAAUACUUCUCAUCUGCAAGCUACAAAUAACUAAAUUUAGAGCUUCUUCAUUCUAUAUGAAUAUUUUUCCAUAAAAUAGUUGUGAUUAUAUUUUUAUGUUUUAUAGGUACCAAAUUGUCAAAUAUAUAUUUUAAAUUAAUAGGUUGUCAUUCUUAGGGAUUUGAUUUGAAAUUUAUCAAAUACAGAAUUGUCACACUGCAUUAGUUUCUACUUUUAGUAAAGCAUAUUUGUAGGUAUAAAUUCAUCUGCUUUAACAUUAUUUCUAGAAUGGAAAAUCUUACAAAACUUUUGAAAUUAAACAAUCUCUUUAAAAAAAAAAAAAAAUCCCACGAUAGAGCAUAGAUCUACUUGGGUUGAAGACUUGGAAGAAAUAAUGUGUAAGAAUGAUGAAGACGGACCAGUUAAGUUUGACUAGACUUAUAUUGGUGGAAGUAUUGUCUAUUUCAGUGUGAAACUAUCUUGAAUUUGCAAAUAUAGUGUUAUAUUUUAUAAAGUUUUGUAAAGUCCCAAAUGAUACUUCUAUUUUUGUAAAACAAUUAUAUGUUAAUCUGUUUCUGAAAUCAUUUUGCAAUCUAUAGAAAUAGAGUAGCAGUUGAUCUUUCUAAAUUGUAAACUUCAUUGAGUCAGCCUAGAUUGCUUUUGAGAAUUAGUAAUUUUUCACUUUUUGCUUUUGAGGCAGCCAUUUAGGUUCAAAGUAUAUUUAUCAUAUAAAACUUGAUGCAUUUUGCACUAUUCUCUCCAUUCGUAUGCUGCAAAUAACUACAGUCUUUCAAAUAUGAAGAAAUCAGCCUAAAGUUUAUUUUAAAUUCCAAACUUCUGUGUUUUUAAAUAUUUAAAUCUGGAUAUAUUGCAGAUGUCAUGACUGUUUGAUUCAGUAAUGUGACGGAGAAUUUUUGGGUUUGGUUAAGGCACUAACUUUACUGUUAGAUUGUGAAAGCAUCUGAGAUACAUAGAUUUCCCUGUAGGAAAUGUGAAACAGAGCCACAACAGUUUUUUUUGUUUGUUUUAAUAUCAUAUGGACAUUUGUUUCCAAGCAAUAUAUACAGUAUAAUUGCAGUAUAAUUAAUCAACAUAUCUCAAAAAGACCAUGAAGCCUGAGAAGUGCUAAUGGAGACUUUCUGGUACAUAGGAACCCAGCAAAUUCAAGAACCAAGGGGAAAUCUGGGAUGACAUUUGCAUUGUCAACCUUUGUUGACUCUGUUUUUACAAUAAAAAAUAUUUUACAACUUAA